AUGCAGGAAUCAGACUGCCAAACAUUAGUUGACAAUGAGUCACUUUCAGUGCCCGAUUUGAAGGAAAUGGAGAUAUCUACCAAUAGUAAUGUAGUUUCAGAAAGCGGGGUGGAAUUGGCAGAAGAUGAAAGCCAAAGGCAAGUUUAAUUUGUUACCCUUCUUCUUUUCUAGUUUCUAACGUGUUUCUUUAGUUGGCAAUGCCUUGAAAUUUGCCAGCUUAAUUUAUCCAUCCUGCAUAUAAAUGACUGCAAUGAUGUUGAUUUUUUUCCUACUGUUUAUUUUAGGCCAGCUGCUCAAGACCACAGAGAAAAGCUGUGUGAAAUUCUUCACAGUCAGAAAGCACAAUAUGCUAUCAUAAUUUUGGUUGUUCUGGACAUGAUCAUUGUUAUUGCAGAAUUACUUCUUGAUUUAAGAGCUAUCAAAGGUGAGUGCAGGCAUAUUUGCUGCUGUCAGUGUGUUUUGUCGUUCCUAGUAUAGGCAAUCUAUUGCAUCUGCCAGAUGAUGAACCAGCUAGAGGUUACACUUUGUAUUUGUUGUACAUGCAGUGUUUAGGUCAAAAUGAAAAACAGGUUAACAUGGUUUUAGCCAUCGUGGACAUGAAUAUUUAUUAGACUCUUAUAAGGGUAAAGAAGCGAAGGGAACUGAGAUCAAAUCAAGCUGGUUGAAAUUAUUUUAACCUGAAUUUCAUUUUAACCUACAAUAUUAAAUAAUUAAACACCUGAACAUUGGAAAAGAUGACCUAGCAAACCAAAAACCUCCUUACUACAGUUUACAUGCAAACUCUAGUCAAGGACCUACAAGUAUUGCAAAUACCUACAGCCAUGGCCUCAGAUUGGGUACAGGAGUGAAGCAAAAUUGUGGUCACCUCCACAGCAGUAAGAGUUAAAAGAUGAUGAAAAUAAGUGUUGUCCAAUGAAACCAUUUUUUUCCCUUCUGGUUGUUUUAUUUCGCAAAUAAGUUCAAAAAAUUAAUUAAAUGGAUAAGUAAAAUAAUAUUGCUUGCUAGCAAGUCCAAGAGAUAAAUAUUUUGGGUAUGCCCAUUUACUCUCCUGGUUUACUUCUUGGAUAUACUGUGGGGGUUGCAUGUACACAGGUUUAACCAGAAGGAAGGAUGGAAAAGUAUUAAUAGUACUUAACUGAAUUAUAAUCAGCAGUUACCAGUACCAUACAAAAGACUUAUUGAUUAACCAAGCAAAACUGAAAAAUUAUAGAAUGACUGGGUAAGUGACAAUUAAACUAAUAAAUGACCCUUAAAACUGUGAUAAAAGGCACUGAGAUCAAGAUGUUAAAAAGGAGAGUACCAAUCACAUUAAGGUACAAUAAAAUGGACAACAUAAACAGGUGACUUGUCUUGCAACAUUGGUGCAAAACAAGUUCAAAAGGGACGUAAUGCAUUGUGUCAUCCACACAUCCAAUAUUUCUUGCAAAUAUGCAAUUGCAAACCAACUGGACUGCAUUUGUUGCAAGAAAGUUUGAAGUUUAAACAAGGGAAUGUUUCUUUUAUUUGUUGCAGUUCAUCAUGACAAUCCAGCACCUCAUAUCCUUCACUACAUUAGUAUUGCUAUUUUGUCCAUCUUUAUAAUUGAGGUAAUUAAACAAAAUUUUCCAGUUUUAAAAGGUCUUAAAGUUGCAUUCCAAGCCAACAAACUCACAAGACUGACCUUUUUCCAGUCUAUGAUUGCUUAUUACAGUCAAAGAUCACAAAAUACAUUACUUUCUCAGUCUUCUAGGGUGCCAUAAAUAGUAAUGACUUGUGUCAUAAGAUCCAUUUUAAUCAUAUUUUUCCCAUACAUUCUCACUCUACUCUGUACCUGAAAGGUAUUCGUCCAUGUUGAGUACAAUUAUUGCUAUAACUUUGAUGUGGCUGGCUGUUUCAGAAUGGCAUCUCAGUUUCUUAGGAACAAAUUUAGCUUAAGCCACGCCCAGAGUUUUAGGAGUUUAAUUUCAAUUUCCUUGAUGAGGAUCCCCUCCCACACCACACAGGAGAAACCCCCCACCUUUGGAAGAUUUGAUCAAACGGUGAUAUUUCACUCCUCUCUUUACAGUUGUUUCUGAAGGUCUAUGCUAUGGGGCUAAAGUUUUUUAAACACAAGAUGGAGGUUUGAUUGUUCAUUUUACCAAUGCAUAGCAUGAUAAACUAAAGUUCAAUGUUCAAGAUAAUUUUUAAGCUUAUUUUUUUGCCCUUUAUAUGCCCAUAUCCUUCUUUGGGAAAAUCAAAAUCUACAUGUAGAUUCUUGAAUCCAUUAUGACAGAUCUUGCAAAAUACAUUUGUAAUCUAAAACAUCUGGGUGGAUUGACAUUAUUAAGAAAAAAUUGGUUCUAAAAUAAUCAAUAUUUUUAGUUCAUAAUCUUUGCAUUUCUUGGUCAUUAAUCCAAAGCUUAUGCUUGGGAAAGAAUCCUUUUCCAUGUUGUUUUUUUAAGAGUCCACCAGAAUGUGAGAUUAAGAAGACUAAAAGUCUAGUGAUCUCUAGAGUCCACAGAAUGUGAGAUUAAGAAGACUAAAAGACUAAUGAUCUCUAGAGUCCACAGAAUGUGAGAUUAAGAAGACUAAAAUUUUAGUGAUCUUAGAUUUCCUUUUUUGUUGUUGUUUAGCUGCAUAUUAUAGUUCAGAAUUUUAGUAUUACUUUUAAUUUGGCAGGUGUUUGAUGGGAUUGUAGUGAUAGUGUCAUUUUCUUUGGAUGUUGCCUUCAGGUUUGUGUAGACAGCUUAAAUAUUUGAUGAUUGCUUUUUACAAAAGGCUCAUGGAUGACUUAUUUUACAAAGAGGAGGUUAAUUGUUAAUGAUGGUCAGCUUUUUCUCAUUACAGUGGAGAGGAAGGAGCUGUUGAUGGAGUAAGUCUAAUUGUUCUUCUGCGAUUGUGGCGAGUUACAAGAAUCGUAAAUGGUACGUCAGAUUUUACAUUUCAGGCCUUUUCAAAACAUUAAUGUUUUGCUCAAAAACUUGUAGUUUGGUGAUCAUGCAGGAAUAUUUUCAGAUUGUUUAUCUACAUAAUACAGUGUAUACGUACUGCAAGUGUAACAACAACAUGCACCUUACUUUCCCCACUAUUAUGUGUGUUGAUUAGCUACAAUUUAGUAUGUAUGUACCGUACAAGAGGGGAUGUACAAUGAUCACCUAAAAGCUAUCAGUCAUGGUGUGCAACAUGAGCUCGCUCUGUGUUGUGACCACAACCCACCUUUGCAUGAUCAAACUCAAAAUUUGGAUUUCAUCAACAGGCUCACAGGAGGCAGAGAACAAAGCCUUUGUUCAAUAUGAUAAUGUAUCAUAUUUUACAUUCCAAAAAAGGAGUUUAAUUUUUCCUUGUUACUGCCGCUAUGUUGUUUAGGCAACAAAAUUUUUACAGUUGUUUUAAAAACUAUGAUAUAGUUGAAAACUGGUUUGAAAGUUAUGAAUUGAUACUACAUAUGUUCACUGCCUUCAUAAUCAACAGGAAUAGUUCUUUCUGUCAAAAUGCAAGCAGAAAGAAAAGUUAAUGAACUAGAGAAAGAAAACAGUGCAUUAAAAGAAGAAGUUGAGCAUUUAAAGACCAAAUGUGCUCUGUUAGAGGUAUGGUAUAUCUGAUAACUAUAAACUACUUUAGGAAGGACACAUGAUAUAACAUACUGAAUUCUUGUUGAUUUAUAGAUUUAUGUCCCAGCAUUGAUUUUUUUGACUUAUUUCUGUAAAACACAAAAGCCAAAUAAUACAGACUGCCCAAACAAAUUACAUUCUAAUAAAUUCCAAUGAACCUAUGACCAAGAUCUUUAGAGCCCAUGGGAGUACUCCAGAUUCAAAGGCACAGGGAUGAUCGAAGGAUCGUCUUAAAUUUAAAAUUCAUUAUGUUUGGAUUUUUUGAGUAAGAAGAUUUUAGCAGGACAUUUUGCUUUCCCAGUUGUUUUUGCAAAAAGCAUACAUCACUAUUAAUCAGUUAAGGCCAGUAUUAUGGCUUGGGGGAAUUUUUGUUGAAAAAUCACAUCUAUAGCAGUGGCAGAUCCAGACCUUUAGAUAAGGGGGGUGGGGGCAGUCAUCCAGACCCUGAGAUAAGCGAGGGGAGGGCCCGGUCUCAAAAAAAGAAUUUUUUUCUGGUCUAAAAAUCAGGGGGAGCCCAGGCCCAGGUUCCAACCUAUUCUCUGAGUGGUUUAUCCCUACCAUAGUACUCUGGUUUUCCCUGAAACCAACAUUUUCAAAUUCCAACUCAAUCUGAAAUGCAUGAACAUCUUCAAACAAGUUCCUCAGAGCUUCCACGUUAGCAGCUCCUUGAAAGCUCAAAGCCAACUGGUUUGCUACCUAAACUGGAAAACAAUGGAAAACAAUGGUACAUGUAGACAAUGAAUUACCAUUAUUUAAAAGAAAAAAUCAGGAAAGACCUUACGAGUAGCUCAUAUAUUACUGCUCCCUAGUGUUUCUUGGGUAAAUUAUAUGUACAUUUUUAAUUCUUUCUUCUUCUUUUUUUUGUUUUCGUCAUUUCAGUCUGAAUUGAAGACAUUUAAAGGAGAGCCAAGUCAAUAA